AUGUCUGAUCCAAACUUUCAUCCAAAUAAAUUCUAUGAAUUGAUAAGUAUCUACAAAUACUAUAUCGAUAUAUAUACAGCAUUGUAUCAACUGAAAACGGAAAAUGAAGAAGAAUUAAGCUCGAUUUACAAAAUGAUCAAAAUAGACUUGAUUGAUUCAAAGAAAUAUCUUCCACAAAAUAUAGUCAAAGAUAUUUUAGAUAUUAUUCCGUAUAAUAAUCGCUAUACAAAGUCAUAUUUAUAUCUUGUCAAACUCAUUUAUGAUGAUUAUCACGUCGAAGAUGUUACAGAUGUUAUACUUGCUUCAAUUUUCCUGUUUUAUAAAGAAUAUGGGAUUAAAUUAAACAAGUCUAGUAAUUUCGAAAAAAUUAAAUCAGAAAAUUUCGAAAUGUAUUUAGAAAAUACAAUUUACCGCGCAAUUAUGUAUGAUAACAAAGAAAGAUUCAUUUUCUUCAUUGAAAGCGAAGAAUUUGACGAAAAUAAAAAACUGAAUAGCGUUUUAUACCCAGAAUCUUUUAAAAGUUAUUCAUUACUUGAAUUAUGUUGUUACUACGGAUCAAUUGAUUGUUUCAAGAUAUUAAUAACGAAAAACGAAGCAAAAAUUUCUCAGGAAUGUCUUCAAUUAUCAUUUUUAGGGAGAAAUGCAGAAAUCAUGAAUGAAUGUUUGAAAUAUCAAAAACCAAAUAAAGAAUGUAUGAAGAAUGCAAUUAUUUCACACAACAUUGACUUUGUUACAUUCUUGAUGAAUCAAUACAAUAUAAAUAUCAAUCUAGAUUAUUGCGGAGAAUUUAAAAAUCUUGAAUCAUUUUUAGUUUAUUUCGAUCAAACUCAUGAUUUUUACAAAUGUUUUGUUUAUUCAGCGAUGUUUGAUACACCAUCCUUAAGCGAAUUUUUCCUUUCACUUGGCCCAAAUAUCAAUGCAAAAUAUACAAUAGGACAAACUGCUCUUCACAUUGCAGUAUCUAAAAAUAGUAAAAAAACAGUCGAAUUCCUUAUUUCACAUGGUGCAAAUAUCAAUGAAAUAGAUAAUAGUGGGCAAACCGCUCUUCAUAUUGCAGAACGGAAUCAAAAUGAAAUAAUGACUGAAUUUCUCAUUUCACACGGUGCAAAUAUCAAUGAAAUAGAUAAUAGUGGGCAAACCGCUCUUCAUAUUGCAGCAAUGUAUAAUAGUAAAGAAGCAGUCGAAUUUCUUAUUUCACAUGGUGCAAAUAUCAAUGUAAAAAAUAAUGAUGGAUAUACCGCUCUUCAUUAUGCAGCAAAAUAUAAUAGAGAAGAAAUUGUUGAAUUACUUAUUUCACAUGGUGCAAUUAUCAAUGAAGAAAAAUAA